ACCGCGUUGUCCAACGUCCAACUGUCAAUGUCAGCCCUGUCAACCAUACUUAACAGCACGAUUCCAAAUCAAAAUACUACCUACAUGGCUAUCUCUGAAGAUCUAUCAAUUCGGGAUUGGCUUAUGAGUCAUAAUACCGACAAUUAGACUCACCCUCACCCGUUCACGUUAUCAGCGAGGUUCCCGGAGACCCAGACAUCACCUUAAUGGCCACGACGGAGACUGAAGGAACUGAAAUCCGUCGAACAACGCCUCUCCCAAAACUUCAAAUAUCACUCGCCUUGCUCAUCUUCCAUGCAGAACCUGUGACCGCGACUGUCAUCUACCCUUUCAUCCCAGCAUUCGUUCGAAGGACCGGUAUUACCAAGGGUGACGAGAAAAAGACUGGCUAUUAUGCUGGGAUAAUCGAAUCCCUGUUUUUCAUAUCAGAAUGUCUUUCCGUUUUUCAUUGGGGUCGUGCUUCGGAUCGGAUAGGAAGAAGACCUAUAUUGCUACUAGGGCCACUAGGACUCACCUUUGCAAUGUUGGCAUUCGGUUUAUCGAGAACAUUUUGGCAACUCGUCCUGUUUCGAUGUGCUCAGGGAGUGUUCAACGGAAAUAUAGGUGUAGUAAGGACCUUCAUUGCUGAGAUAACUGACGACACGAAUAUCGCAGACGCGUUUACGCUGACAUCACUCAUGUGGACUGUUGGCCUUACCAUAGGACCAGCUAUGGGUGGACUUCUAUCAGAACCUGCGAAGCGCUGGCCUCAAAUAUUUGGCAAUGCAUUCUUCACUGAAAACCCAUACUUCCUCGCAUGUGCAGCCGCUUCAGUAUUCGCAUUCACCGCAUUCGUACCCUCUUUCUUCUUUCUAAAAGAGACCCUCAAACCCCACAUAAACACCAAUCCUAACCGUGAACCAUCCGAGGAUGACCCACUCCUCGCCGAUCAAAACACGUCAGGUCAGCAAAAGAAAGCACCUCCCUCCCUCUACACCAUUGUCACUUCCAACCCUCCUCUCCGCCGGUGCCUCGUCAGCCACGCCUUCCAUUCCUUCACCAACAUGUCUUACAAUGUCCUCAUCUCUCUCAUAUACUCCACCUCCAUCUCCAACGGCGGUUUUGGAUUAUCACCUUACCAGAUCGGUGUCAUCCUAGGAACAUUCGGCGUAUCUAACGGUAUCCUCCAACUCCUCAUCUGGAAGCCAAUGCUAAAACGCAUCGGACCGAAAAACAUGUUCAUUUUGUCGUAUACGUUUCAUAUAAUCAGAGUCUUCUUGAUGAUGCUCUCUAGAAUCGCGGUAGCUAGAGCGGGGAAGGUAGAUUGGUUCGUUUGGGCGUUGGUUGGUAUCCAGAUGGCUGCGUCUACGUUGGCUGCUACUGCGUAUACUUCUAUAUCAACGCUUAUCAUCAAAGCGUCUCCGCAAGACGUGCUUGGAACCGUUAACGGCAUUCAACAGAUGAUCUCGUCGGGUCUGCGAGGACUUGCACCUACUGUUGCUUCUUCGCUUUUUGCGGCCUCUUUGGCCCUCGACUGGCAGCUUUUCGGAAGUGCUGGAGGGUUGUGCAGAUAUCUAGUCGAUGUACUGCAGAUAUUCCUGAUUGGAUCUGGUGUUUGGUAUUCGUUGAGGCUCCCACAAUACCGACUCAUUUAAACCUGCGCUACAUGUUAUAAACAGGUUUCCUUGUCAUGUACAAAUCUCAGGAGCUGUUCAUACGAUUAUGCUAACUCUCAUUUUGGCCGCUCGAUAUCAGCAUCCGGAUUCCUACACUUGAG